GGAAUCUUGGGAAUUCUGUUCAACUCUACUCUACGCCCUUGUGCCGGCUUCUGUAUGAUUUGCAGCAGCUAUAAAUCAACGAAAUACGACACUUUCUGGGUCGGACAUAUUUCUAGCAUUCGGUGUUCGGGUUUGUAACAACUGCCGGAUUUUAGUGGAGAGAAGUUCUCCUCCGCCAGCCGUAGUCGGUGUAAGGUUCGCGCGACGUUCACUUGUUUUUUUGAUAAGUUUCAUUACGUUCUUUAGUGCUUGAAGUUCUGAUAAUGUCGGCGAUUGUAAAGAUCGGUAUCAUUGGCGGGUCAGGGCUGGAUGAUCCUGAUAUUUUGGAGAACCGCGUUGAGCGGUCAGUGAGCACACCUUUUGGCGACCCAUCAGAUGUUAUAAUCGAGGGCGAAAUCAAAGGGGUGAAAUGUGCCUUGCUUGCCCGUCACGGUCGGAGUCAUUCGAUUUCGCCAACCAACGUUAAUUACCGCGCCAACAUUUGGGCGUUCAAGUUGAUUGGAUGCACGCACGUUAUAGUUUCCACUGCAACAGGUUCCCUUCAGGAGCAUAUCAAGCCGGGCGAUUUCGUCGUACCUGAUAGUUUCAUCGAUCGAACCUUCAGACGAGAAGUUACUUUCUUCGAUGGCAAGAAAGGCUCCCCAAGUGGCGUUUGCCAUUUACCUAUGCAUCCAGCAUACUGUCCACGAACAAGACAAAUCCUCAUUGAUACUACCAAGCAAUUGGGCUACGACGUACAUGAGAAAGGCACAGUAGUUACGAUUGAAGGGCCACGCUUCUCAUCUAAAGCUGAGAGUUUGAUGUUCCGACAAUGGGGUGGAGAUCUAGUUAGCAUGACAGCAGUACCGGAAGUUGUUUUGGCUAAAGAGGCUGGACUGCUUUACGGUGCUGUUGCAAUGGCUACUGACUAUGACUGUUGGCGUGACACUGGCGAAGCCGUUAACGUGACCGAUGUCCUGGCGGUUUUCAAUAAGAAUGUUACAAAAAUGAAGUCAAUUCUCGUCCAGGCUGUAGGAAACAUUGCCAAGGAGGAUUGGACAGAUGAUAUAAAUGCACUGAGGAAAAUUGUUGGAGAGAGUAAUAUGUUGAAAUCAUAAACUGAAAGUGUAAAUAUGUACACAUAACACUCACAAUGGCAGCGUGUACUUUAUUUUGCACAUUCAUUAAAUACCAAAUGUUUGUAUUAUUCACAUUUCCGAAAUUUAAAAAAAUAAAUUUUAUGUGAUAUAUUCA